AACAGGUCGACACAUUACCGAAAGAUGGGUCCGAAGAAGACGUCGCGCCCCGAGUUUCCGCCGCCGUAUGCGGUCGGCCCCGAAGAGUACGACCGCCUCAUGGCGAUUGCCCAAGACGCCCUCGUCCAGCUCAUCGCGACGGCCAAGGUGCUUAGCCUCUCCCGCGGCCAAAACACGCUCAAGGCCGAGAAGGAGAAGAACGGGUCCGUCUUCGAGAUGGAGCACCAACAGAUGAAGGGCACGAUCCAAGAGGUCAUGAACUACUACAUCGCCGACCGGGGGGAUACCGCCAAGUUCAAGCGCACGCAGUGCUGCGCCGACACGGAGCUCGUGCUCGAGAUCCAUCCGCCGAGCCGGAAGAACCCGCACAAGUUCCUUGGCAUUCGCUGGAAAGCACUCGACCAGCCGUCGCUCUUUGGGUCGUUCACGCGCUGCCGAGACCUCUGCCUCCUCGAAUUCUGCACGCUCUUCCAGGACGACAAUGGCCGGACGGGCUGGGCGCGCUGCGUGCACUCGAUUGAGCACCCGAUGUGCCCCGACUUUAACGACACCAACGGGUACCUUCGCUGCAGUGUCGUCAACUCGGGGCUCGUUGUCAUGGAGGCCCAGCACGGCGUCGAGACGCUCGACUGUUUCAUGGUCUACGACAUCCAAGCCCGCGGCAAGACCUCCAAGUGGAUUGGGUCCUCCUCCGUGAGUCGCCACUUUCAAGCCGCGCGCAACAUGAUGAUGACGAUCCAGACCGAGCGCCGCACGCAGAUUUUCCGCACGAUCCGCGCCAACGAAGAGCACCACAAGAUGUCCAUGAGCACGACGAGCUCGGAUCCCGGCAACACGCCGCUCAACCUCAAGACAGGCGCCUUCUUUGUGCCCAACACACCCAACGGCAACACGGUGCUGCGGCCAUCGCCGUCGGCCUCGACCGCGUCCACGGUCAUGAGCACGGUGACGCAAAUUCCGCCGCCGAAAGAGCCUAUCAUGCUCGACCUCUCGUAUGUCUCGGACCUCAAGUAGAGACAUACUAGUACGCUUAGAAGACACAUGCGCGGACGGCGCUGUCCCCAAAGAAUCCGUCGACCAAUAUAUCUAAUUUGCUAGUUCUCG